AUGAUGGACCUCGGACGAGGGAAGGCUACGGAGCUCGUCCUUCCCGGGACCCCCUCCUCCCCGGGACCUCCUCCCCGGGACCUGACCGGAGCUCCACAGUUGAAGACCGCUUUGAAUAUUGGAACUUUGAAUUUGAGAGGAGGUUUUGAGUCGAAGAAGUUUGAAUUGGUAGAGAGAGCGAAUGAUUUUGGUUUGGAUGUUGUAGCUUUGAGUGAUGUGCGAGUGAAAGGUCAGAUUGAAGAUUCAUUAGAGAAUUAUCAAGUAUUUUUGUCAGGUGUUGCUAGAGGUAGAGCUAAUUGGGGCGUAGGAUUUUUGAUUCACAAGAAUUUGGAAUCAUCGAUUAACUGCCAUAGAUUCGUCAAUGAAAGAUUGAUGUGGAUUUCGGUCAAAAUUUCGGGAGAUAUUUAUAGAUUCGUGAGCGUUUAUUCACCGUGUGAAGGUGCAGUUUCGGAACGACUAGACGAUUUUUACAGUGAUCUGAAUGAUGUAAUCUAUCGCAGAGGCAGUGAAAAAGUCAUUCUUAUGGGUGACUUGAACGCUAGAGUGGGUCGAAAUGAUCCAAAUUUUGCUAAUAUUCUGGGAAAGUUUGGUGAAGAUUCGCCUGCCAACAAUAAUGGAAAGAGAUUAUUGGAUUUUUGCCAGAGUUCGGGUUUGAUUAUUUCUAAUACUUUCUUCAAGCAUAAGAAAAUUCAUACAUAUUCGUGGGAAAACCCUGGCCAGAAUCAGAAAUCUCUUUUGGAUUAUGUAAUUAUUGAGGAGUGCUUGCGUAAGUCGGUUAUGAAUACGAGAGUGAAUAGAAGUUUUGGUAUGGAUUCUGAUCACUAUUUGGUAGCCAGUAAAUUAUGUAUAGUCAAGAGCCGGAUAAAUAGUUAUCGGAAGCCAUCCAACAUUUUACGUGUGAAUCGUUUGAAAGAUGAGAAUGUGGCCCGUGAGUUUGUUGACAUUUUAGAAGCAAAAUUUUCGGAUUUGAAUGAUAAUAUAGUGUCAGAUAUUGAAACAGAGUGGAGUCUUUUUAAGAACACUUUUCUGGGGGCUGCCAGAGAGUGUUUGGGGUUCGUUAGAAUUAAGAAUGACAGAAAGAAGACGGACUGGUGGAAUGAUGUUAUCAAGGCUGCCGUUAAGGAGAAGAGGGUAAAAUGGAUUCACUGGAUGCAGAAUAGGACUGAGGAUAACUGGACUUCAUACAAGGAACAACGCGAUAUCAUAAAGUGA